AGACAGCCGAGCCUGCCAAAGGUGGCUGCGGCUGCACCUGCGAGCCGAGGCUGGGGCAGGUCAUGGUGGCGCCCACUGCACUGUGAGAGCUGAGCGGCCGCGGGGUCCGCCAUGCGCCGGCGGCCCUGACAUGGGCGCCAGCGGCUCCAAAGCACGGGGCCUUUGGCCCUUCGCCUCGGCGGCGGGGGGCGGUGGCCCGGAGGCGGCGGGCGCCGAGCAAGCUUUGGUGCGGCCUCGAUCCCGAGCCGUGCCCCCCUUCGUAUUCACACGCCGCGGCUCCAUGUUCUAUGAUGAAGAUGGGGAUCUGGCUCAUGAGUUCUAUGAGGAGACAAUCAUCACCAAGAAUGGACAGAAGCGCGCCAAGCUGAGACGGGUGCAUAAGAAUCUAAUUCCUCAGGGCAUCGUGAAGCUGGAUCCCCCCCGCAUCCACGUGGAUUUCCCUGUGAUCCUCUAUGAGAUGUGAGCCUGUGGGGUGGCAGACACAAGCACCUUCUGCCCCAGCAAGAAACUCCCAGGCUCAAGGUGUGGCUUCUAUUGAGGAGUCCAGGCUGGGGCCACAGCCCUGAAUAAAUUCCGCUGGCCC